GCGUGCGCCGACCGGCCGACCGCCUCCGUAGCCGUUCCGCACGCGUCGGGACAACCGAGUCGUACUCCUCGUCGUCGUCGUAGUCGUCAUCGUCGUCGUUGAACAUCGUUGCUUCUAACACAAAACACAGCCGUUUCGGCUUUUACGCGCCCGACCCUCAACCGGAACGGACAUUUGAGUUUUGCCCGCAGUCGAUCGGCCAUCACACGAGUUAAUAUUUUUUGCCGAGACCGUUAUCGUGUUAUUUUCGACCGAUCCACGUCGCACUAGCCUGUUGCCGCCCGCGCGGACCGUCGACCAUAACAAUACCACCGCGCGUUAUAUUUUGAUAUACAGUAAAGAUUUAUACAGUAAAUCGUCGUCAUCGUCGUUUCUCCAUAGCAUAAUUCUCCAUAGAAUAUUCUAUAUAUCCAGCGCGUUCUAUAGAUAUAUCGUAUUAUAUAUUUAAUCGUAUAACGUACGUAUAUAUACGUGAAGAUCAUUCGUGGUGCAAUAAUGCUUUUGUGUCUGUUGCCGGUGACGUUGACGUUGGCCGCGUUGGUCACCGACGGAGUGGCCGACGCGGCCGCCGCGGACAAGCGGUUCGCCCUGCGGCCCGUGGACCCGUUGACUAGGCGCAGCGCCAUGGAAAAGAACUUUAUGCGGUUCGGCCGGGCUUUCGACUGCGGCUGGACGGCACCGUCGGCAUCGGCAGCGGCCAAGCGCAGGGACCCGUCGUCGGCGAUCGGACGCCGCGUCGACUCCAACUUCAUCCGGUUCGGCCGCCGGGACUCCAACUUCAUCCGGUUCGGCCGGGGCGAGGUGUACACGCCCGGCGACAACAAAAUACCCAGACGCCACUACGACGUGGACGUGGACGGGCUGGAAGUCCGGUUCGGCCGUUCCGGCGGCAACAUCGACCGCAGUCCGUUGGGCGCAGCGUUACCGCCGCCACCUUACGACGACCGCCGCUGAACGUCACGCGAUAUUAUAAUAUUAUUAUACAAUACACACAAUACAUAAUACAUACCUAUAUACUAUAAAUACUUACUAUAUAUUUAAAGUAUUGCUUAAAAAAAAAUAAUAAAUACGUAAUGACACAUA